AUGAUCUUCUCCGUCAUCUCAUCUCUCGCUCUCCUCGCCACCUCGGUGGCUGCUAUGCCAAGUAGUUUCGUGGCUCSUCAAAAMCCCAACAAGAUCACAUUCACAAUCAUCAACGACCAGUCCGGUGCUCAAUCCGCCGCUACAGUUCCAAUCGACGGAUCUGUUGAGACUUUCCAAAGCCUCUUCGGCACCAGCUCUCUUGCAUCGAAUGGAAAGAUUCUUGCCACGUCCAGCCAACUCAUCGCUUUUCCUCAGGGAUUCGAGUGCACCAUCUUUCAAUCGGCCAACAAUGUUAUUGACUACUUCACUCCGGAGCACACAUAUAUUGAUCUAGAUGGAAAUCCGAAUGCCGCUAUUCCGGUCGAUGUGUCGGGCUAUAGUAUCACUUGUUCGUUCUAA